UUCGCAGAGCCGAUUUCAAGGAAGGGAGAAAGUGGUGGCAGGAUCGGGAGAGAGAACAAUGAAAAGGGGUCGGGGCAAAGGCCAUCCUCGCCUGGCAAUGAGAUUGUUUAUCUCACGGGUGGAGGCUGAUUCUGACUACCAUAGGGUAUGUGCGAUGUUGAGCGUCUGGAAGCUUAUGGGCUUUGUCGUGACGCUUUUGAUCGGAUUCUUCCUCUCCAAUCUUGAUGUGACGAUUGUGAGCUCCUCUCUGACGAGUAUCACUGACAGUUUGGAGGGAUUCGAGAAGCGGAGUUGGAUUAUUACAGGAUACUUGGCCACAUAUACAGGUAAAAGUCACCUGAUGAAUCUUUAG